GGAAGGGAGCGCUGCGCGACGUAGCUUCCCCUCUCCUUCAACCAGUGGCCAGCCGGUGCCCGAACUCCUGCCCAGCCCCGGGGUCGGAGAAGACGAGCGUGGCGGGCCUCGAGAUGCUCCGAGGCAUGUCCCAGGAAGCGGAUCCCGGAGGGCGAGGGUUCCUCCUUCUCCACUGAUCGGCACUUGCUGCCAAAGUGCAGGAAAAUGGGCUUUGAGAACGCCACGGAGAAGCGCUGGGGGAUGGCUGACUCCACAUAUAAUUUGUCUUCUCAGCCUGAACUGUUAAGGAUGGCCAACUUCACCAAUGGCAAUUUCACCAAGGAAGGCACCACUAAGUAUAAAAUUGUGGAGUUAGUUUUCAUAGCCACCGUAACUGGGUCACUUAGUCUUGUCACUGUGGUUGGAAAUAUCUUAGUCAUGCUGUCCAUCAAGGUGAACCGCCAACUUCAGACUGUCAACAACUAUUUCCUCUUUAGCUUGGCCUGUGCUGACCUGAUAAUUGGCAUCUUCUCAAUGAAUCUCUACACAGUCUAUAUUGUCAACGGCUACUGGCCACUUGGGGCUGUAGUGUGUGACCUCUGGCUGGCUCUGGACUAUGUAGUGAGUAAUGCCUCUGUCAUGAACCUACUCAUCAUCAGUUUUGACCGCUAUUUCUGCGUUACCAAACCACUGACCUAUCCAGCUAGGCGGACAACCAAAAUGGCAGGAUUGAUGAUUGCAGUCGCUUGGAUAUUAUCCUUUAUCCUCUGGGCACCUGCCAUAUUAUUUUGGCAGUUCAUUGUUGGAAAGAGGACAGUGCCAGAAGGACAGUGCUACAUUCAGUUUCUCUCCAACCCAGCUGUGACCUUUGGCACAGCCAUUGCUGCUUUCUACCUCCCAGUGGUUAUCAUGACUGUGCUGUACAUCCACAUCUCAUUGGCCAGCCGGAGCCGUGUGAGAAGGCACAAACCCGAGAGCAAGAAGGAGAAGCAGACUAAGCCACUCAGCUUUCUGAAAAGCCCUCUGGUCAAGCAGAACAACAACAAUUCUCACAAGAAAGUGGUGGAGGUGAAGGAGGAAGCAAAAAAUGGGAAAGUAGAAGAGCAGCCCUUGCAACCAUCUGAAACUACUGGCCAUCAAGAAGAGAAAGAAACCUCCAAUGAAUCCAGCACGGUAAGCAUCACCCAGACCAAUAAGGAGAAACAGGGGCUGGAAAUUGUACCAGCUGAUACAGGCGAGAGCCCUGCCCAUCCACGGAUCCACCCUGCCUCUAAGUGGUCCAAAAUUAAGAUAGUCACUAAACAAACUGGGACUGAAUGUGUCACUGCCAUUGAGAUUGUCCCGGACAAAGAAGCCCGUUCCACCCCAAUUCCCUUGUCAAACAGCCGUCCAGUUAACGUUGCCAGGAAGUUUGCUAGCAUUGCCAGAAGUCAGGUUAGGAAGAAGCGACAAAUGGCAGCUCGAGAAAAGAAAGUCACCAGAACCAUUUUUGCCAUCUUGUUAGCUUUCAUUUUGACAUGGACACCUUACAAUGUGAUGGUCCUCAUUCAUACUUUCUGCAGUUGUGUUCCUGACACAGUCUGGUCUAUCGGGUACUGGUUGUGCUAUGUCAACAGCACCAUUAACCCAGCUUGUUAUGCCCUUUGCAAUGCUACCUUCAAGAAAACCUUUAAGCAUCUUCUUAUGUGUCAGUACAGGAACAUUGGUACUGCAAGAUAAUCUGGAUUUGGGGGAAUGCUCAACAAUGGGGUUGUGUGUGGAGAUUUGUUAUUCUCCAACCAGAUAAAUGUACUAUUCUUAAUUGUACCAUUACCUACUGGAUGGAGCCUUUCACCAAAUGCAGAACAAGAAUUAGUGAAAACAUAUACUUUUCAUCAUACUUGGCUCUUGAAUAUUCACCAAGAAAUAGGUAGGCCUUCCACACAGAUGACCCUCUUGACUGUGCUUCUUCAGAAAACAAAGAAGGGGGAUUAGAUGUGGCAAAGUGCUGCAGUUUCACCGGACCAACAUAACAGACCCCACUCUUUGCCCCACUGCUCUUGAAAUACUGGUAGACUUUCAUGACCUUUUAAUUUCUCUCUGACUAAACUAGGAGGCCUCUGUUGGUGGCUAGAUGGUACUUUAGAAAGAAAUGCAACAAAAAAGAUCCUUCUUUCCUUGGAUGCAGUGCUGGCUUUACACUUGUGUGCACAUUUGAGAGAGAAAGAGCAGCAAGGGACAGCAGGGUUAAUUAAUUAAUAAACAGUGAAAAUGAAAACAAAAAUAUACUAUCUCAGCACCAGUCAUCAAGCUGGCAGUAGAUUCUGCUUGGCAUCUGAAACUGGCCAUGCUUAGAUAGAUCAAGAUGUACCAAUUUCCAUUUGUAGAUUCUAGGACUUUGUCUAGUUGAAUUUCCAGUGUCCCGGGUGCAAGGGACUUGUUCCUCUCAGGGAAUAUACCAGCUGCUGGAUAGACCUGUCUGCUUCAUAGGCUCCUCAAGGACCUUACCAAACUUGCCUCAACUCCAUUUCUUCAUGGGGAAAACAGGUGGUUGAAUAGAGAGACUCCUUUCAGAAUAGGUAGAAUGCCACCUCAGCUUGUUUUGAAAAAACAAAAAACACGGAUAUCACACAAAUACCCACAGUCAGUUCUACAACAUUUUGGAUCAUGUGCCAAAGGAAUGCUUGUCUAAAGUUAUUAAUCUCAAAGGUAAGCAUGGUGUCCUUGAGGCAGUGGACACUUGACAGGCAACUCCAAGGAGAACAACAAACAAAGCAACCAUGAUGGUGGAAGAAGAUCUCUACACUGGCAAGUCUUUCUAAGAGAGUCUUUAAAACCCCUCAUUUUUGUUGCUUUUAAAAUUAUAUCACCAUGCAUACCAAGUCCCCUUGCUCCACACAUACUUGUUAAGGAUCAUUUCUUUUACGUACUUACUUUUUUUUUAUUCUGAUAGUUGGUUCUUAAGCAGGCUGGGGGGAGGAAAACUAUGAGAGGCCACCCCACUUUCUUCCUCACUAAGUAUCUGAGGGUAUACCAAGAAGAUACUCAUGAGCUUUGUAAAUGAGCCUUCCUUUUAGUCAGUGUUGUCAUAGAGCCCUCAGCAUGUGGGUUCCAGUGUACAUAUACAGCCUAAAUCCCAGAAUACUCAUGUUCAGUGUAGACCAAGUGUUGCUCAGUGUCUCUGGCACCUUCAGGAACAUAUCAGAGCAGAGUAUAAUCAGUGGUCCAACGUUUCCUGGGUUGGUGGGGGUGACCACGUCUAUAGAUCUCUCUAUCUUAUGGCUAAGGGAUCUCAAUUUAAGAGAUGCCGUUACAUUUGGCCAAAGUCUCCUGCUUCAUGUGGCUGUAGAGGCAGCUAUGCUGCCACUGCCUUUUGAAUAAUUUGCAUAAUGUUGCCCAAAAUGCCUUGCAGUGUUUUUUUUAAAAAUUAAUUAAUUAAUUAAUUUGUUACAACUACAGUGGGAACCACUUAAAUAAAGUAAUUGAACUAAAUAUAGCACAUCUUUUGGUCAAUCAUUUUUCAGCUAGUUGCACAUACUCUUCUCCACAGGGAAUAAUUUUAACCAUAUUAGGGGUUAAACUUGAAAUUCUACUCUAGAAGAUUUUGUGAAUUAAGAGGUUCCAUGAAAAAACACAAGAUGAACUAGUUAGCCAUAUUAGGGAGUGUUCCCCAAUCUAGUGGCUGACUUAGGGAGUGUCCCCCAAUCAAGUGGCCCUUUUAGGGAGUCUUCCCCAAUCUAGUGGCCCUUUUAGGGAAUGUCUCCCAAUCUAGUGGCCCUUUUAGGGAAUGUCCCCCAACCUAGUGGCAAUUUUAGGGAGUGUUCCCCAAUCUAGUGGCCUCACUAGAUGAGGGAUUCUCAGCCCAUUCAGUGCAUCGCAAGAGGAUCAAAUUGGGAAAGUAUGAUUUAGGAUAUUUUGAAUAACUGUUAGGAUGAUAUAACAGAUCUUUUGUAAACUUGGUCACAUUUUUAAUAAGUUGUAAAGUUCUAUACCAUGUAAAAUAAAGUUAUGGUAAUCUAGAAUAAGAAAUAAUUAUUGGUUAAGAUGGUUAAAGAUUACUUGCUCAGAGUUAACAUAUCCUGAAACACAGUUUUGGAACUAGAAUGACCAAUGGGAAAUUAAGAGUGCACAGUCAUAUAGCUGUAUUCCCACAAUAAACUAAGACAAUUUGGCAAGCCUAGCAUGUCACUGGAAUCUGAACUGUAGAUUCAAUUGUGGUUAAGGGGUACAUUAACCACAAUUUUAACAAUGUUUUGUUAACCUUCUCUCCUGUUUUCUGGACCUAGACAUCAAGAUUAAUUGCUUGUA